AACGACACUUGACACUACCCUACCGCGGACGCGCUCGAGCCAACACCACGCGACAAGAGUAGAUACAAGAUGGCGACCAUUUUAGUAUCAGAGGAAUAAGUGCCUUGAAGGAUAGAAAAAGCCAUGCCAUGGGACAAACCCUGUUUCUGAGCUCGCCAUGGUGAUCUGAAGCCCCAGUGUGGACGUGUCACAUCCACACUCACCUACCCACAGACACACACACGGACUGAGCCACCCAGCAAGUGUGUGCGAUGGACAGGUGUAAGCACGUGGGGCGGCUCAGGCUGGCCCCAGACCACUCCAUCCUCAACCCCCAGAAGUGGCACUGCGUGGACUGCAACACCACAGAGUCAGUGUGGGCCUGCCUUGGCUGCGCCCACGUUGCAUGCGGCCGCUACAUCGAGGAGCACGCCCUGCAGCACUUCCUGCAGCAUCGCCACCCGCUGGCCAUGGAGGUCAACGAGCUCUAUGUCUUCUGCUACUUGUGUGAUGACUAUGUGCUCAACGACAAUGCAACGGGAGACCUCAAGCUGCUGCGCUCCACUCUCAGUGCCAUCCAGAGCCAGCGCUACGAGGUCACCACGCGCUCAGGACGCACCUUGAGAUCGGCUAGCACCCCGCCCGACGCCCCCCAGCCCUGCGGCUCCAGUGAACUGCAGCUGAGGGACGAGGACCGCAUGUUCACGGCGCUCUGGCACCGCCGCCGGGCACUGAUGGGUCGAGUGUUCCACACCUGGUUCAGCCUGACGGAAGGGGGGAAGAGGAGGGAAGAGGAGGAGAGGCAGAGAGAGGAGGAGGAGGAGAGGCGGAAGGAGUUGAGGGAGAGGAGGAAGACAUUGAAGAGGCAGCUAAAGGAAGCGUUGGAGAGCGCCCCACCAAGGAAGAGCCACCGCCUGAGGAGAGCCAGUCAGAGAGCUGCUGCCGCCGCCGCUGUCGCCCCCCGCCCCACACGGACACGCACACCCAGCACCACUUACACACCCCAGUCUCCCCUCAAACCCCGACCAAGAACCCAGAGCCCCGCCACCCCCACCCCCAAGAGAAUGGCCCCCCGCCGUGCCCCCUCCAAACAGGGCGACUCGCCCCUCAAACGGCGGCCCACUGUCACUCCGGGUGUCACGGGCCUGCGUAACCUAGGCAACACAUGCUACAUGAACUCCAUCCUGCAGGUGCUGAGCCACCUUCACAUCUUCAGGGAGUGUUUCCUCCGGCUGGAGCUGCUGGCCUCGGCCGUCCACGGCCAGCUGUUGGUUCCCAGCCCCGGGGGCCCAGUGUCAUCCUCCCCGCUGGCCCAGAGGAGAGGCCCCCAGGUGGGCGUUGGGCUAAGUGGGGGGGCCUCCAGAGCCCGGAGUAUGGAGCUGAUUCAGCCCAAGGAGCCCAGCUCCAAGCACAUCUCCCUGUGUCAUGAGCUGCACACACUCUUCCAGGUGAUGUGGUCGGGCAAGUGGGCGUUGGUGUCGCCCUUCGCAAUGCUGCACUCGGUGUGGCAGCUGAUCCCAGCCUUCAGGGGCUACGCCCAGCAGGAUGCCCAGGAGUUCCUGUGUGAGCUGCUUGACAAGGUGCAGCACGAGCUGGAGAGCACAGGGACUCACAUGCCACCCGCUGGUGUGUCAACCGGACAGAGACAUCUCAUCAAGCAGGUGCUCAGCGUAGUCAACACCAUCUUCCAUGGUCAGCUCCUCAGCCAGGUGACGUGUCUUGCAUGUGACCACCGCUCCAACACGGUAGAACCCUUCUGGGACCUAUCGCUGGAGUUCCCUGAGCGUUACCACAGCAACAGCCGGGAGAGCGCAGCGCAGGUCUCGUGCCAGCUGACGGAGAUGCUGGCCAAGUUCACGGAGACCGAAGCCCUGGAGGGCAACAUCUACGCCUGCGACCAGUGCAACAGUAAGCGGCGGAGGUUCUCCUCCAAGCCCGUCAUCCUGACUGAAGCUCAGAAACAGCUGAUGGUUCACAAACUGCCUCAGGUCCUGCGCCUGCACCUCAAACGCUUCAGGUGGUCUGGGAGAAACCACAGGGAGAAGAUUGGGGUCCACGUCAGCUUUGACCAGCUCCUCAACAUGGAGCCAUACUGCUGCAGAGACCCCUCCCCCAAGGGCUCGCCAUGCUCCAGUCCCACCCCCGCUGGCUCCCCGAGCCCCAAACACUUCCUGUACGAACUGUCCUCUGUGGUGAUGCAUCAUGGGAAGGGCUUCGGCUCUGGCCACUACACUGCCUACUGCUACAACAAAGAAGGAAGGUUCUGGGUCCACUGUAAUGACUCUAAGCUGAACGUGUGUUCUGUGGAGGAGGUGUGUCGCGCCCAGGCCUACAUACUCUUCUACACGCAGCGCUUCACUCAGGACAAAGACAGGCCUCUAUAGGACCAGAACCCACUGAGCCCCGCCCCAAUCCUCCUCCUUUGUACCUCAGCAGUCCAGUGACAUGUCAUCAUCAGCAUUACCACCACCACCAAAACAUCUCCACCCCCCUCUCUCACACUCUUUCUUUGUGGGCAUUUUAUCUCCUCUGGGGGAGGAAUGAUUCAUUGUAUCAUUAUUUUUCUAAGAGAGACACACUCAUUUUUUUUUUUUUUGGUCUUUGUGAAUUUCUUGUACAUGUUGUUUAUAUGGGUUUUAAAAGAAAAGUCAAACGUGUUUGUGUUUGAUAGUGUAUAGGUUCAUUUUAUCAAGAGUAUCAGCCAAGUUGUGCGUUGUAUUAUAGACACGCCUUUACAGGAGUAGAGACAGACUUUGGCCAGGUGUGACUGUGUAAUCUGUAGUUCAGAUUUAUUCAGGUGUCAACCUUUCUGCUCUUCUGUGCUCUAUUUUUCUUUUUCUUAAACGAUUUGAAUCAACUAAAAUGUUUCCACAGCCACUUUAGACAGUUGACCAAGGGAUGUCAGUCAGUCAAAUUCUCAAAUGGAAUGUAGAUAAUUCCCUCCAUAAAUAGUCUUUAGAGUUGAACCCUUUUUGGUUUGCCAAGAGAUGGAAGGGGGAGACAACUCACUCACUUCUAUUUUCUGGUUCAUAUACAGUCAAUGAACUAAGCAGGCCAGACCCAGCUGCUAAUGCAUUGGUGCCUAUGGGAGAGCCACCACUUAUUGGAAUGGAACAGUGACAUUUAAAAAAAGAAAAGGUAAACAGCCUGAGUGGGACAUCUUAAUUAAUCCACCAUCUUUGGUAUCGCUCUCUCUAGUAAGUCUGGUCGGUCAGGAAAUGGUUCAUAAUUAACUACUGACCUCACGCCAAAGCACGAGGGAAAUGUUUAAAAAGUAUCUCAGAUUCUCCAAAAACAAUUACAGAACAUUUGCAAGAUAUAUUCUUUGACUGGUUUUGGGAAAUCUAUUUUAUAACCAGUUUCCAAAGGGAUGUUUGUUUUUAGCUGAAUCCUGCCCUCUGUCUUCAGAAUAUAGAUGUCUUUUGUGGUGCUGGUGCUUUUAGGCUUGUUGCCUCCUAACUUUUGGUUGGUAUCCCUACAGCAGAAACAAGUGUCAUAGAAAAGUGCCCUUCGUUAUCAGAACAUAUCUAUUUUUGUAGUUCCCUUGCCAUAAGUGUAUUUGGUAUCAGUUCUUUGUAGCGGACUAUAAAAUGCAGUCUCACCCAGGCCAGCAUUUAGAAUAUUGAAUGUAUUUUUGUGUACUCGGACAUUGAGGAUUUUUCACAAAAGUUGUUUAAAAAAAAACAGGGCCACUGACUGUUAGAUUUUUUUAUAGUUUUGUAAUUGAUUCCUUCCCCCCCAGCAGGUCUGACCCGUCUCGUGUGUGUAUACCAGCAUAUGUGUUCACACAAUAUAGUUGGCUCUGUAUAAUGUAAGUAUAAAAUAGCCAGACUGAUGCAAGUAGAUCCUUGCUGUGUGUUCAAAACUGUACGCGUGUGAGAAAAUAUCUCCAUGCUGGUACUAGCUUAACUGCUCAACCUAAAUGCUGUUCAUCUCUAGAUUCACCUUUUGGGGAGAAUUCAAAGCACAUUUCCACUUCAUCCUUUUUUCUGUCCGAUAUGUUUGUCUGCAUUGUGCUCAUACUGCCUCGGGUGUGUUGUACAUUUAUGGAAGUGAUACUAUGCAAAUUCUUACCUCAAUUUUUAUAGAAUUACCUCAAAAUGAGAAUAUAUUUUCAUUUUUCUAAGAAA